AGAGAAAAGAGUAAUUUGGUCUACUUUCAUCCCGCCAUCCACCGUUGGUUUGUCCCCCCAAAAGAUGAAACCUCUCUUUCGUUGCCUAUUCUUUCUCCAACUGGUCACCAUGGCCGUUGCCGUACAACCUCUCCGCCCGGGGUUCUACUCCGAAACGUGUCCGCCGGCGGAAUUCAUAGUCAGAGAUGUGAUGAGGAAAGCCUUGAUUAGGGAACCACGAAGCGUUGCCUCUGUCAUGCGCCUUCAAUUCCACGACUGCUUCGUUAAUGGUUGUGAUGGUUCUGUGCUGCUAGAUGAUACCCCGGACAUGCUUGGGGAAAAGCUAGCUCUUUCCAAUAUAAACUCGCUAAGAUCUUUCGAAGUCGUCGAUGAAGCCAAGGAAGCUUUGGAAGCUGCUUGCCCUGGAAUCGUUUCUUGUGCUGAUAUCGUAGUCUUAGCCGCUAGAGAUGCAGUUGCUCUGACUGGAGGACCCGAUUGGGAAGUUAGGUUGGGAAGAAAAGAUUGCUUAACAGCCAGUCAAGAAGACUCGGACAAUAUAAUGCCAAGUCCAAGAGCAGAUGCGACUUCUUUGAUCACACUGUUCAGCCAAUUCAAUCUAUCGGUCAAGGACCUUAUUGCCCUCUCUGGGUCACACUCCAUAGGUGAAGCCAGGUGCUUUUCGAUCAUGUUCAGGCUCUACAACCAAUCCGGGUCCGGCAAACCUGACCCUGCCAUCGAACCAGGAUUCAGAGAAAAACUGGACCAGCUGUGCCCAAUCGGUGGAGACGAGAAUGUAACCGGGCCACUGGAUGCAACCCCUACAAUGUUUGACAACCAGUACUUCAAGGACUUGGUAGCAGGAAAAGGGUUUCUGAAUUCGGAUCAAACGCUUUUCACAUCUCCUCGGACUAGACCAUAUGUUAGGCUCUUUAGCAAAGACCAAGAUAAAUUCUUCAAGGCUUUCGUUGAGGGAAUGUUGAAGAUGGGUGAUUUGCAGAUUGAGCAGCCUGUUGAGGUAAGAACCAAUUGCAGGGUGGCCAAUAGUCGAUCUGUGGAUGUAUUAAUGGAAUCUUGAAGGCACUGAUGUGGUAGAGUUCUUAGAAUUAAGAAUAUAUCUACGUCUGUAUGUAUAUGUAUCUAUAUGUAUGGAAAAGGUUAAGAGCAUUAAGCAAAGAGAUCUCACAUAUUAUUUUUCAUAA